GGGGCCGGGCCGGGGCGGCGGGUCCGGGGGGAGGGGCGAUGAGGCAGCAGAUUCCUGUGGGGCCGCCGCCGCGCCCGGGGCUCCGCCGGGCCGGGCCGGGCCCCCCCUCUCCCCCGAGGCCCUGCGGCCCGGCCGGGCUCGGGUCCGCGGCUGCCCCGCCGGUCUGCCCGCGGCCACCCCCCGGCUUGCCGAUAAUCCGCGUGCAGUCCCCAGAAGGGGUGAAGCGCAUCACGGCCACAAAGCGGGAAACGGUGGCAACGUUCCUCAAGAAGGUUGCAAAAGAGUUUGGUUUCAGGAAUAAUGGGUUUUCUGUCUACACCAAUAGAAACAGGACAGGAGAGAUCACAGCAUCGCAAAACAAAUCCCUCAACUUACUGAAAAUCAAGCAUGGCGAUAUGCUGUUUCUCUACCCUUCGAGCCCUGCUGGCUCUUCCUCAGAGACCAUGGACACCUCUGUCUCCCAAGGCUUGCGAUCUAUGGGGGCCCCCCAGGUGGUAGAAGAUGAGAUUGACCAGUAUCUGAUCAAACAGGAUGGAAAGAUUUACCGAAAUCGAGACCAGCAGCUGUGUCGCCACGGCCCCCUGGGUAAAUGCGUGCACUGUGUCCCGCUAGAGCCUUUUGAUGAGGAUUACUUAAACCAUCUGGAACCUCCUGUGAAGCAUAUGUCUUUCCAUGCCUACAUCAGGAAGCUGACCGGAGGGGCAGACAAGGGGAAAUUUGUUGCCCUGGAAAACAUCAGCUGCAAGAUUAAAUCGGGCUGUGAAGGGCACCCUCCUUGGCCAGAGGGCAUUUGCACAAAGUGUCAGCCAAGUGCCAUCACUCUCAAUAGACAGAAAUACAGGCAUGUUGACAACAUCAUGUUUGAGAACCACACAAUUGCAGAUCGCUUCCUAGACUUCUGGCGGAAGACAGGAAACCAGCAUCUUGGAUAUUUAUAUGGCCGGUACACAGAGCACAAAGACAUCCCUCUGGGGAUCCGGGCGGAGGUUGCUGCCAUCUAUGAACCCCCACAGAUCGGUACACAGAACAGCCUGGAGAUCCUGGAAGAUCCAAAAGCAGAGGUUGUGGAUGAGAUUGCUUCAAAGCUUGGACUGAGAAAGGUUGGCUGGAUAUUUACUGACCUGGUCUCGGAAGACACACGGAAAGGGACCGUUCGAUACAGCCGAAACAAGGACACUUAUUAUCUAAGUGCAGAAGAGUGCAUUACAGCUGGAAACUUUCAGAACCAGCAGCCCAACAUCUGUCGCCUUUCUCCAGAUGGUCAUUUUGGAUCCAAGUUUGUCACAGUUGUGGCUACAGGUGGUCCCGACAACCAGGUCCACUUUGAAGGGUACCAGGUCUCAAAUCAGUGCAUGGCACUGGUUCGAGACGAGUGUUUGCUGCCCUGCCGAGAUGCACCGGAGUUGGGCUAUGCAAAGGAGUCCAGCAGUGAGCAGUAUGUGCCUGAUGUGUUCUAUAAGGACAUAGACAAGUUUGGCAACGAGAUCACACAGCUGGCUCGCCCGCUCCCUGUUGAGUACCUAAUCAUAGAUAUUACUACGACUUUCCCCAAGGAUCCAGUCUACACUUUUUCUAUUUCUCAAAAUCCAUUCCCCAUCGAGAACCGUGAUGUGCUGGGAGAAACUCAGGACUUCCACAGCUUGGCCACGUACCUGUCCCAAAACACUUCCUCGGUUUUCCUAGACAUCAUUUCUGAUUUCCAUCUGCUCCUCUUCUUGGUCACGAAUGAGGUCAUGCCUCUGCGGGACAGCAUCAGCUUGUUGCUAGAGGCCGUGAGGACCAAGAAUGAGGAGCUCGCACAGACAUGGAAGAAAUCUGAGCAGUGGGCCACCAUCGAGCAGCUCUGCAGCACAGUCGGCGUCCAGCUCUCAGGACUACACGAGUACGGUGCCAUGGGCGGCUCGACGCACGCCGUGUCGGCAGCCAUGUGGGCUUGCCAGCACUGCACCUUCAUGAACCAGCCGGGCACGGACCACUGCGAGAUGUGCAGCCUGCCCCGGACCUAGCCCCGCCAGCACGGCGGCAGACUCCAAUACAGAGCAAACCCUUGAGCAGCAGGAGUGGUGCUCGCCCCCUCUCCAUCCUCGCCUCCGCUCCCCGCGCUCGGGCACCCCGGGGCAUGGAGCCGGGCAGGGGAGGGGGUGGCUCCAGCUCUCCCCUUACUCUCUGCGCUCCCUUCCAGGGACGGCCCCGCAGCCACGGGGGGAGACGAUGCCCUGGGUUUAGCUCAGCCCUGGCCCCCGCCCAGGAAACCACCUUAACCUCAGUCUCUGUUCGAGACCCCAGGACUGGACUCUCCCCCCUGCCACCUCCCCUGUCCCCUAGUGCAGCGCUGUCUUGGCCUGAUCCCCUGGGGCCUGCCUGCUCCACACGUGCAGGCUGGGCGGGGGGCUUGGGGGGGGGGGGCCACACGCGUGGCUAGCUGGGGCACGUCUCUCCCUGCACGCUUGCUUGCCCGAGGGGGAGGGGGAGGCUGCGGCAGGUCCCUGGCCCCCAGCUCUGCUCCCCGUUCCCGGUGCACGCGCGUCGCUGCAGCCAGCCUCGGGUGCCUGGGCAGGCUCAGCCCAGCCGUAACGACAGCUUUCACGCUAAACGGCCUCUGCGAGGCGAGCAUAUGACUGAACAGCGUCGGGCCAGACAGCAGCGCUGCCAGGCCGGGCCCCGCGCGCUGGCAGCUCUCCCGGAGCAGGACGGGCCCCCUUUGGCACCAGGCAAGGAGUGGGCAUGUGCCAGCUCUCAGCUUGGCAUCGCUCCCGCCGCUCACCCGGCACGUGCAGCACUGAGUCGGGCUCGCUCUGCAGAGAUGCUGCGGCCCUGGGCAGUCCCGGCUCAGCUGCGGGCUGGAUGCGACCCCAGGGGCUGUGGGAGGGGUGCUGCUGGGGCCUGGGCGCAGCUUGCAGGUGUCCUUGUCCCCACUCCUGCUGCCACUGUCCCUGCAGGCAGUGGGGUUAGGCACAGCCAGGAGCAGUGCCCGCCUGCUGUCUGGGGCUGCACUGGUCCAGCGCCUGGGGCAGGUGCUGAGCGCCUGGGGCAGCAGCCCGUGCCCUCCUUCGGAGCGAGGCUGUGCUGGGGGAGCACCGCAACUCGUGCAGCCGCCUCGCCUCGCCUGCUGCGUGCCCAGGCUCUGCGCUGGGCCCUCUCCACCGCGGCGGGACCUGCAGACGCUUGCGCACGCAUGGCUCUGGCACUGCCACUGUCCUCCCCCCGGGGCUGACUCCCUCCCUGGUGCCUGCAUCUUUUUUGAGCACGUCCUGCCCCGGUGCAGGGGCUGGGCCGGAGCCGGGUGUCGGGGUCCCUGUUUGACCCCCUCUGGCCGUGCUGGGGCUGCGCAUGUACCCUCCGCGACCGUCUGCGGGGGACGAGCACGGUGGGGCUGGCGAGGGCAGCUGGGUGCUUGCAGGGCCUCUCCGACCCGCUGCCCGCCCCAGCGCUGUCCCUGCCCCAGCGCCGUAGGUUUGGGUCCUACUUAAACCACCAGAGCACCGUUUCCAGUGCUGUCCUGUGCCCAAACACCCGUCUCGCAGGACAGAGGCGCGAGUCCUUGCACAGCCCUGUCCCAGCAGCGUGGCACCGCCGCCCCUGCCUUCACCCGGCACGGGGCGGUGGGACAGAUGGACCCUGCCUCGGCGUGCGCCGCAGGGCCGGUGGCUCCGCAGGGUCCCCGGCUCCCCUGGGCACCCCCUGCUCGACAGCCUCCCCCGUCCCUCGCUGCUGCCCGCGAGCGCCCGGCCUGCCUCCACGGGCUCUGCCUUGGCUGCCGAAGGCUUCGCCCCGCUGUGCCCGGAGGAGCAGCCGGCAGCCCCAGCCCCGCUGCAGGGGCUGCAUCUACGGCGCUUCCCGGAGCCCUGUGCUGCGGCUGCGGUUUGCUUCUCCCCUUGGUUUGUCGGUGUUUGGGGUUGCAGCGGUUUGCGGUGCCUGGACUGGACUGACCCGGACGCAGGGUCUGCAAGUAACGUUGAAUAAAGCACCUGAAACGUGA